UGCAGCUACAGUAUGCAUCACUUAAUUUCCAUGAUGUUUUCACUGCUAGUCAUUACUGGGCUGCAGGUGAGUGUUGAGUCCGCAGGAAAACGUUCUGAGCGAAGUGUCAACAGACAUUACAGAUUGGAGCUAACUGUGCCGCAUGGAGGGAGAUGGGGGUCGUGGGGUCCGAGGGAAAUGUGUCCAGCUGGAACGUACGCCGCAGGAUUCAGUCUAAAGGUGGACAAGGCUCCCUAUGCUCAAAAGGGUGAUAUCACUGCACUCAACGGGAUUCGUCUUCACUGCAUUGAUGCGCUUAGUAGCUUAUUGAGGCUCUAUCAUGACUACAGCUCAGUUCGGUCAGAUGUAGGCAGCUGGGGUCGGUGGACAGAUAUCAAAUGGUGUCCUUCUGGAUUCCUGAAUGCUUUUCUGCUGUUAGUCGAAAAGCCUCAAGGAGCUGGUGACGAUACGGCCGCAAACACCAUCGCGUUCACAUGCAGUGGAGGGUCUUUACUGCAGGGUGACGGUACAAACUGGGGCGAUUGGGGCAAAUGGAGUCAUACAUGUGUAGGAAAAGCGAUUUGUGGAAUCCAGUCGCGUAUAGAAGAGCCACAAGGAGAAGGAGACGACACCGCUCUCAAUGACGUGCGCAUGUUCUGCUGCGAUUAA